UCAUCCGGUUCAAGGAAAGUCAAGGGAGCAACCCGGAAGCCAGCAGUGUGACGCUGGAGCUCGUUUCAACAGCGGCUGCUUUUUUUUGCCGAAAACGACAGAAAUAAGUCAAAGAAAUAUCCGGAUACUCUCCAUUUCUCGGAUUGGUUUUGGUCGGAAGUUCCGGUGAAGGAUGAACAGCGUCGGCGAGGGCUGCACCGACCUGAAGCGGGAGUACGACCAGUGCUUCAACCGCUGGUUCGCAGAGAAGUUCCUGAAGGGGGACCGCAGCGGGGACCCGUGCACCGAGACCUUCCGGAAGUACCAGCACUGCGUGCAGAAAGCCAUCAAGGAGAAGGACAUCCCCAUCGACGGGGUGGAGUUCAUGGGACCCAACAAGGACAAGCCGGAGAGCUGAGGGCCGCCAGGGUCGCCCCGACACGGCAGGCGGUGACCGAACACGUGUGGUGCAGCUGCAGAGGAGCGGCCAUCUUGGCUCCAAGCUGAUGGAAACUGGACCCAAACACAGCGAGCCGCCGGGCACAGGAGCAGCGCUAUGCCUGCAGUGUGUGUCUGCAGUGUGUGCAUCACCUUGACCUCUGGAGAGUUAAAGCCCGGCGGACAGCAAACAAACAAAAGUAAAACUCAGCUGAUUGUUUUCAUUGCAAAGUCUCUGUCACACUGGAUGGUAAUUUAAAUGAAUGUCAUGUUCAAUACAGUGGAAGGAACUAGGGAUGUAACUAACCUCUAUUUUCUUUGUCAGUUAAUCAACUGAUUAUUAUUUGUCAUUGUUUUUUUUUUUGAUUAAUUGAUUAGUACAAGAAGUAAAAAAAAAAAAAAAAAAAAAA